AUGAGCGAUAUGGAUAUUGACGGUGAUUUGGAUUCUGAAGAUAUGAACAUAGAAGAAAAUAAUAAUAAUAAUUCUUCAAAUACUUAUUUCCUUCCUCAUACAACGCAAAUAGAUUCAGUUAUUUUAGAAACGAAGCCAAAACACACUCACGUUUCGUCAUACGACUUUUCAAAGCCGUUAUCAGCCACUGCCGGUAUAAGGAAUAAAUAUAUAUUUAGAUCAAAAAUGGGAAAAAACAAGAAAUCAAGGAAGAAACCUUACAAUAAACAUUCAAAUCAUAAAGUUAGAAAGAAAGAUGCCCAAAUCUCAAAUCCAAGCAAAGAUUUAAACUCUAAUAUUAAUGAAACAGAACCUCCACAACCUCCUGUUGCAAGCUCUGACAUUGAUGUAGUAGAGCCUUCACAACCUCCCGUUUUUAGCACACUUUCCGUUGCAAGCUCUUAUAUUAAUGUAGUAGAACCUUCACAACCUCCUGUUGCAAGCUCUGAUGUUGAUGUGGUAGAACCUUCACAAACUCCCGUUGCUAGCUUACCUUCCGUUGCAAGCUCUGAUAUUAAUUUAGUACAACCUCCUGUUGCAAGCUAUGAUAUUGAUGUGGUAGAUACUUCACCAACUUUCGUUCCAAAUUCUGAAGAUCAUAAUUUAAAACCUUCACCUCUCGUCACAAAUUCAAAUAAUGAUGUAGAUACUUCACCAACUUUCGCUUCUAAUUCUGAAGAUGAUGAUUUAAAUCCUCCACAACCUACUUAUAUUACAGAAGAUGUACUUUUUAAAAAACGAAUUAAUCAAGUGGAAAAAGAGUAUUUAAAGGGUAACGAGUGCCCACUUCUUGGAAGUCCUCCAACAAAAAAUCAAUCAUUAGAUCAAUGCAAAGAAACUAAUGUCGGUACAACUGAUGAGAUAUUUGAUCACAUAUCUCCUAAUCAGCAACCUGGCGAAACAACAAAUGAAAUCUCGAAUUCUGAUGCCGUAUCACCAUCUACCAAUUACGCGAAAUCGUCAACGUGUGUCAUGGGAAAUAUUUUUAGUAGUCCGCAAAUACAUCCCAUGCCUGUAUUUGGUAGAAUUCGUAAAAAAACUAAGUUCGAACAAAGUGAAUUUGGUUGGGGAAUUCAAGCUAAUGACAAUCAAAAAAUUGUCGAACCGACUCCUUGCAAUCUUGGUUCUAAAAACGAGCUAGGUAAUAAACCAAAAGCAAGUGAUAAUGUACAAAAUGUUGUCAACCUUCAGAAAAGUAAAAAUGACCAUGGAGGAGCAGAAGGGUCUCUAAGUCAAGAAUUAAUAGUUACAUCAACGUGUAUUGUUGGAAUAAACAAAGAUUCUGACCUUGAUACAAAACGAGUACAACAGGAUGAUCAAAUUAAAAGUUCAAAAGAAUGUAAAUGUCAACCAAUAUUAAGUGGGAUAUGGGGAAUGGGAUUUUAUACGUGUCAUUGCGACGCUUCAAAAUAUCAACUGGAAAAUAUUGAUUUCGACAAUAUUAUGAAGGAAGAAAUCCCUGAUACAACAAAACCAAUACCGGCUGCGAAGAGUAAGCGCUUCUCCUUACCCUCCUUUCUCGCACCUUUGGGAUCACUAUUUGGCUAUGAAGAUUUCGGUCACGACAAAACAAAGCAUGAUCAUAAACCAGGGAAUCCUUCUAAAUGGGAUAAUAAAAGUAAUCCGGAUUUAAGCUCACUUGAUCCACUAGCACCCCAGGAUUCAAAUGAUUAUUCGCGUCAACAUACUAGUACAAAUUCAUCAACGAAUUUAAACCCACACACUUUUGGAACAAAUUCACAAAAUGUUAGGUCAUACGCAAGUGUCUCGCAAAGCGCAAGCUCAUCCCAAAAUUUCAGUUGGUCAGAUAACAAUAAUCAUUAUGGUUCUUCGCUUACGAGAAGUAAUAGUAAUCACAAGACCUCUUUCCUUCCCCCGAAAGCUGUGCGCCUACUUCUUUUAUCUAUAUCAUUUGAUACUAAUGAACAACCGAACCUUGAAAAAGGUCAUUCAACAUACCAUCAUCCCAUUUUUCAUAGAUUCAAGAGUCCUAGAAUAGAUACUGAAAAUGCAUUGAAUUUUAUUCAUGAUUGUAUCAUAAACUGUUGGGCCAACUCAUGGAGGGUUGCGUUGGUCGUUUCUAUAAAUCCAAAAGAAGACCCUGAAUGUCUAUAUCAUUUUUUUAAGAAAUUUCGUAGUAUGUUUGAGAGUGAAAUAUUAAGUAUCAUUUUCAUACGACCUGCAUGUCCAAUGUAUUUCGUUCGAAACUUUAAUGAUCUUGGCGUUGCUGUGGCAAGAGGCUCUCAUGGAGGAGAAGGUUGGAAACAAGAUUUAAGCAAUUUAAUACAUAAAGUAAUUACAAAGGCAUAUCGUCCUAAUAAAUACGGAAGAGAUGAUAUAUUAUUCUAUAAUAAAGAUGAACCAUACUAUGAGUUUACCAAUUUUUAUAGAGCUAAGAUCUUUAUAGAUCAUGUAGAUUGGCCAACAACAGAACAUUACUUCCAGGCCGCGAAAUUCCAAGAAAACUUUAUUCGCGAUAAAAUUCGUUUUGCUUAUACGGCUCGUGAAGCUUUCACUAUUGCACGGAGUCAUAAUUCUUUUAAGCGUGAGGACUGGGAAAUGCCUAAGCCACCGGAUGACGUGAUCUUUAAAGAAACAAUAAUGAAGCAUGCACUCUUUAUGAAAUUUACUCAACACGUUAAAUUGAAGUACAUGCUACUUUCAACAGGCAAGGCAAAAAUUUAUGAGCAUACAGAAAAUGAUCGGUAUUGGGGAGAUGGAGGAAGGCAUGGAGGUGGUCUUAAUAGGUUGGGAACUAUGUUGGUUGAAACCAGGACUCUUCUUAUGGAAAACGAGAAAUCAUUACUGAUACAAAAGUACAAUUCUCAAUCAUCCGAAAGGUGGAUUGUAUCGGAAUUGAAGGUAUUGCGAGAAUAUGAUGAUUUGAUAAACUUUGAUCCUUAA